AUGCUUCCAGACUUGACAGCCAUCACGUGGGUAGACAUCGCGGUGUUCGUUCUCUGUGUAUCGCUGUCCUUCUUCAUUUGCUGCGUCAACAUCCUGACGAUACUCGUCGUUUGUCAAACGUCGGAGCUGCGGACGUACACCAACACGUACAUCGUCAGCCUGUCCGUCACAGAUUUCAUCGUCGGGCUCGAGCUCCUGCCCACGUCAUUUUUCUUCCUACCGCCGACCAAAAACAGCGUAUUUUUCCGCAACAUCCACCUGUGCCUUCUGCUCAACGGGCUCAACUUGGGACUGCCCGGAACGUCCAUCAUUCACAUGUUCUUUAUAUCUGUCGACAGGUUCAUCUACAUAACGAAACCUUACGUCUAUCAAAGACUCAUCAAGCCGAAACUGAUCGGAGCCUGCAUAACUUUCAUAUGGAUAUUCGGCAUUUCGUUCAGCCUCCUCCCUCAAAUUGUCCACAACACGCAGAGCGACGUAUGCAGUCCGACCAUCCAGUUUCCAAUCUGGUAUCUCUUCUACAGCGCCUGGGUGGUCUAUUUCACUUCAGCGUUUGGCAUUUUGACCAUGUACACGCUGAUACUCUACGCGGCGUUCAAACAGCGAAAAGCCAUCCAAUUGGCGACCGGCUCUUUAAAAGGGGCGCAACACAUCUCCAGGAGCACAGCCAGGAGCCUCAAGUUCUUCAUGACGUCGUUCGGCGUUUUCUUCGUGUGCAUGACGCCGAUCGUGAUCUGCAUGGCCAUGGAUUAUUUCGUGAGCACUCCCCCGGUGCUGUAUAACUGCCUGGUCAUUCUUGGCCUGUCCAACUCCGGGAUGAAUUUUGUCAUAUUCGCAGUGCAGAACAAGGACUUUAGGAGAGCGCUG